CUAUCACUUCUCUACUCUCUACACUAAAAAAGGGUCAAAAUUUAGAAAGAAGACAGAUCUACUCUCUCUUUCUCAACGUUGCUCACAAACAAAUCUACUUCAUUUUUUUUUUUUUCCCAAAUCCUCAAUCAAAAUCCAAAAGGCCCUGGAUUUGCUUUUUCCUUUUUUAUAAUGUGUGUGUUCAACACUACAAGCUCACAUUUUUCUUGACUCGGCUGCCCAACUUCAAAUCAUUACCCUCCUUUCUUUUUGUCUUUAAAAAGCUACUUCUUAGGUCAUCCUCCACUUCAAUCAUCCCAAUCGUCGAAUUAAUGUCUUUCUUCUUUUCUUCUUUCUGGGUUUUGCUUCUCUGAAUUAUUUUUUAAAUUUAUUAUGUGGGGUUGGUGGCAAAAGUGACAAAAAUGAUGUGAGCGAAGCGAUGACUGUGUUGCUGUUUUUGUGGGUUGAGAAAUAUGGGAUGUGUGUUUGGGCGAGAGGUUUCGGCGGCGGCGGCGGCGGCAGCCAAGUCCGUUGAGCGAAACGAGGGGGAAGUUGUUCGUCUUGAGAGGAAAGUAGUGGUAACGGAACGGGGUGAGAGUCAGAACGGUGUGAAUCGGAAAGAGAGGCAUAACGAAGAGGAAGGGACUGUGCGACUGAAGAGGGGAGAGAAACGACGGCCGAAUCCACGGCUGAGUAAUCCGCCGAAGAAUGUGCACGGUGAACAGUUGGCAGCUGGAUGGCCGUCAUGGCUUUCCGCGGUUGCCGGAGAAGCCAUCAGUGGCUGGACGCCACGCCGUGCAGAUACAUUUCAGAAGCUGGAUAAGAUUGGGCAAGGUACAUAUAGUAAUGUGUACAAAGCGAGGGAUACCUUGACUGGGCAAAUUGUGGCAUUGAAAAAGGUAAGGUUUGACAAUUUGGAGCCUGAGAGUGUGAAAUUCAUGGCUAGGGAGAUUUUGAUUUUGCGCCGAUUGGAUCAUCCGAAUGUUAUAAAAUUGGAAGGUUUAGUGACCUCGAGGAUGUCCUGUAGUUUGUAUCUUGUGUUUAAGUACAUGGAGCAUGAUUUGGCUGGUCUUGCUGCUAGCCCAGGAAUCAAGUUCACUGAGUCUCAGGUUAAGUGUUAUAUGCACCAGCUAUUAUCUGGGUUGGAACACUGUCACAACCACAAUGUGCUACAUCGUGAUAUUAAGGGAUCAAAUCUUCUUCUUGACAAUGAGGGAAUUCUUAAAAUUGCUGAUUUUGGAUUAGCAUCGUUUUUUGAUCCAAAUCACAAGCAACCGAUGACCAGUAGGGUUGUUACCCUAUGGUAUAGACCCCCUGAACUUCUUCUUGGUGCUACUGAUUAUGGUGUUGGUGUGGACCUUUGGAGCGCUGGGUGUAUUCUGGCUGAGUUAUUGGCUGGGAAGCCUAUCAUGCCCGGUCGCACUGAGGUGGAGCAACUACACAAGAUAUUUAAAUUAUGUGGCUCUCCUUCUGAAGAAUAUUGGAAGAAGUCAAGGUUGCCACAUGCCACUAUAUUUAAGCCUCAGCAAUCUUACAAAAGAUGCAUAGCAGAGACUUUUAAAGACUUUCCACCAUCAUCACUGCCCCUGAUUGAGACACUUCUUGCGAUUGAUCCAGCUGAACGUCAAACUGCUACUGCCGCAUUGAGGAGUGAAUUCUUCACAACCAAGCCUUAUGCCUGUGAGCCUUCUAGCCUUCCAAAAUAUCCUCCCAGCAAAGAGAUGGAUGCUAAACUACGGGAUGAAGAAGCUAGAAGGUUGAGAGCCACUGGAAAAGCUAAUGCUGAAAUGAAGAAAGCACGUUCACGUGAUCGAGCUGUAAGGGCAAUGCCUGCUCCAGAAGCCAAUGCUGAGCUUCAAGCCAAUCUUGAUAGGCGGCGACUAAUAACGCAUGCAAAUGCUAAGAGCAAGAGUGAGAAAUUUCCUCCUCCGCACCAAGACGGAACUCUUGGCUAUCCAAUGGGUUCCUCACACCACAUCGAUCCUGUGUUUGAUCCUCCUGAUGUUCCUUUUAGUUCCAUGAAUUUCUCAUAUGCAAAAGCACCUAUCCAGACAUGGUCUGGCCCUUUGGUGGACCCAGCAUCUGUGGGUGCACCUAGAAGAAAGAAACACACAGCAGGUGAUGGGCAUGCCAACUCAAAGUCAUCAAAGAAAGAUACAAAUUCUGGUCAAAUCUAGAAGAACAAAACAUUGUAAUAUAAUUUCUGGUUUUUGGUGAGAUUAUUCAUGAGGCUGCAAAAGCUGCUGAUCCGGUGUUUCAUAAAUCCAGACCCGGGGCAGCCAGUUAAAUUUUAAGGAGAGGUAAAAUAUCUUGUAUUCAUUUACUUAUCUAUCUUGUUCUAUUUUUUCCUUUUGAUAUGGUGAAAGCUUUCCUAGCAGUGUAUAUGUUUACAUUUAUAAUAAAACUAUAUACAUUUAUAAUUAAAACCAAUUGGAAUA